CUCGCAUAAAAGGAAACGAAUCCGGUCGUGUGUUGGCCAACCGGAACGGGUGCGGAGAACACAGAGAGUGCAGCAAAAUGGCUUCCUCUUCCGUUCCGGCGAUCGACGGCUGCCGUCCCCUUCCCAAGUGUUAUAGCUUCGCCCCCCUCGGCUUCCCUGCUUCUGCCUCUCUCCGGUUUAAAGAUGUGAAUAUGAAGCGGGUCAGCAGGAUCUCCUUGACACAGAAGUCAUUGGUGCUUGCUUGCAAGUCGAACGUGAAAGCUAGUCACUUGUUUUCAAGCAAUAGGAGUACACAGGGAACUAAUCAGGAACUGAAUUGUUUGCAUUCUUCUGGAAAACAAAUCAAUCACAUAGCAGCCACGUCAUCACAAUUUUUAGGCAGAGAGCAAGGUUGCAUAUCACAUACAAAUACAAUGUUACAUCAACAGCAUAGAUCUCUUACUCCCCCAAGAGCUGUUUAUAAUGAUAUAUUCAAAUUUCGGUACCCUGAAAUAACUGAGAAGCCAGAAUGGUGGUGGAGGACUUUGGCAUGUGUCCCUUAUUUGUUAGCCUUGCAGAUUUCUGAUGCUGGAUAUUACAUUCACCCACUCCUAAAACACUACCAGAGUUUGGAAGAGUUGGUUUUCUUCGUUCCAGGUGCCAUUAAAAGAUUGCCACCUUGGUUCAUUAUGGUAUAUUUCUACUUUGCGUAUGUUGGGAUUGUGAAGAACGAAAAUUGGCCUCACUACCUUCGGUUCCAUCUAAUGAUGGGCAUGCUACUGGAAACAGCAUUCCAGAUACUAUGCUAUACGUGCAACUUUUUUCCGCUCAUACACUUCAACGGCAGGCUUGGGAUGUACUUCUGUGCGGCCAUCGCAUUUACGUUCAUUUUCACCUUGUUAUAUUGUAUAAGGUAUGCUCUUGGUGGCAAUUACGCUGAGAUCCCUUUUAUCAGUGAGGCUGCCUAUGUUCAUACUCUCUUUAAUAUUGGAAGUUUCCAGAGGCCCUUCUAGGAAGUAGGAAAUGCUAUUUAUCUGCAUUUCAAGCGACAUUAGUCUGUUAUUUGUUCAAUAUAGAUCAAUUUAGUUGGAAGGCUUUGUUUUGUUUUGUCAUUUUUUACAUUUUGACUGGAUAAGGGAUGUUCAAAAAACAGGAUUUUGAUUUCUGUUGUUCAUUUUAUGUUUAACAAUUUUGUGUCGUCUGUGUGUUGGUUCUGGUUAAUUGUCUUUGAGAAACAUUUUUUGACUGAAAAUUAAAGGUUUAUGAUGCUC